CAAUUGUACAGCUGAAUAAAAUCUCUGACAAUCAGCAACUACGAAAUUUUACUGCAACUGCUAACUCAAUAAUCAAGACAUGUCACCUGAGGAACUACGUCUUCCAAUGCCCUGGGGUCACAUAGCAGCCAAGGCAUGGGGUUCACCUAAUGGCAAGCCUGUUUUGAUGGUUCAUGGUCUUCUGGACAAUGCAGGAUCAUUUGAUCGGCUGAUUCCAUUUCUACCAUUCGAUCAUUACUUUGUCUGCAUUGAUUUACCGGGCCAUGGAUUUUCCUCACACUUUCCUGCAGGGUUACCCCUCGAUUAUUUAAAUCACGUCUUAGCUCUUCGCAGAGUCUUAGAUAGUCUUAAAUGGAGCAAUUGUAUCUAUAUAGGUCAUAGUUUAGGAGCAACUGUGGGUAUGAUGUUCACCUCAAUUUAUCCUGAGAGAGUAAAGAAAAUUUUAUGUUUGGACGCAGCUAUUGCCAAGCCAAUUACAAACAAUGGACUAAUUCCCCACAUUCGAAAAGUACAUGAUAAUAUUUUGAGCAUUGAGAGUAAGGAAAAGACUAUGACAGUAUAUACCGAGGACGAAGUGAUGCAUAGGCUCAUGUAUAUGAGAUUUUUUGCUCUAAAUUUUGCUGCUGCUAAAGCUUUGAUGAAGCGAUCUGUCACCAAAAUCGGCGAUAAGUAUAAGCUGAAUCGCGACGUACGACUCAACGCCGGCUUGUUCCCGAUAUUUAAUUACAAUCAACACUUGAGCUUACUUAAGAAACUCAAAUCCCCUGCGACAGUCAUCGCUGCAACAGCAACAAUGACUACAGUUUAUUAUGAACAAAUGGCAAGGCUUAGUUUCGACACAUCGUCGAUGAAACAACACAGGCUUCUAAUAGUUGAAGGUAAUCAUGACGUUCACAAUAACCACCCCGAGAGAGUUGCUGUUCAUGUAUGCCAAUUUUUGAGUGAUCUUAAGAGCAAUUUGUGAUCUUAUUUAAUAUCAAUUUAGAGGGAAAAUGUGUUCGGUUUGAUGAAUAAUGAA